AUGGAUGUAGUUGUAGGAUUUCCUGCAACUAUAGUUAGUGUCAGUUGCCCUUUAUCAUCUGAUGAUUAUCAUGGAUAUGGAUUUUGGGGGUCUUGUAAUGGUUUGGUUUGUUUAACUUUCUGUGAUGCUAGAGAGAUCAAUCCUCCUAGCAUUGUUGUCAUCUGGAACCCGUCUAUCAACGAGUAUAAGAAGUUACCAAUAUCACCAAUUGAAAAAUCUAUUGCAUCUAAUUCAUGGAGAAGACUUGAGGAUAUCCAAUAUGAUCUUCAUAAACACUAUGUUACACCUGAAUUUUCUCGGGUGCCUAUUAAUGGAGCCCUUCACUGGAAAGCAUAUCGUGAACCAAGGGGAAAAAAAACUGAAGUAAUCCUUUCUUUUAAUGCAGAGAAAGAGAUAUCCGAAGAGAUCCAAAUGCCUAGCUUGUUUAAUGGAAUGUUUUGUACAACUUCGUGUGUAUUAAAAGAGUCUCUUUACUUGCUUGGUUAUGUUUCUCUCUUAUGGGUUGAGUUAUGGGAGUUGAAGGACCAUGUAGUGAAAGAUUCUCGGACUAGACUUUUCAACAUCGACAUACAUAAGCUUUUCGGGCAUGUUGCGCAUUUGACACCCUUGCGAUCUUUUGAGAAUGGUGAAAUUUUAUUUGGAAUGGAUAGGAAUAAUGCAUUUAAUGUGGUUUUAUAUGAUCCAGAGCAUGAAACAACUAGAGCUCUUCAGGUUUAUGAUGGUAUGAAAACAUACUCAUAUUGUCUUUAUGUCUGUAAGGAGAGCUUAGUUUCUCCCAACUCGGGUACUUACUUGACGCAAGCAGAAACAAAAGAUGAAGAAAGUGAUUCAGGAAAACUCUCGAAAGAGGAAGAUGGUUUUGAGGUAUAA